AUGCCGGGUUCACCCUUGCAGAAUUUACCACCUGCUGCCAACGACCAGCGCUCACCGGCAAGAGAUCCUAGGAUCAGAAACAGAACAGGUUCUGCCCAUGUCGUGGAUCAAAAUGCAGAUACUGGUAGAGGGCCUCUUUCUGACUUCCGGGAGUCGUUCCGGAAGGGAGACGACACACCCUCUACGACCACUCCACAAAGCCCCUCCGUGAGGCUCGACAACCCUCUUCCGGUCCCAAAUGAUCAGCCCGAACUCCUGUACUCGUUCUCACGGCACAUUCACAAUUCUCAGUCUGUUGACUUUCUCAGUCGGAAGCUGGCAUAUCUGAGGAGUGAACGCAGUGCUGCUCGGUCAGAUCACGAAAAAGUCAGAAAGGAGAGAGAUAGAUUUCCAGUUGUAGUCGACCAGGCUCGCGACAGAGUGUCCAAGAUCGAAGGUGUUUACAAGGCGGUCAAGCAAGACGAGGCCAAUGCGCGAGCGGCAGAAGAAGCCUCCGGAGGCAAGUUGAUAACUGUGCUACUCGAAAGGGUAAAGGACAUGGUGGAGGAGAGGGACGUCUUGGUCAAAGAGAAAGACGAUGCCCACAAGCUUCUGACUGAGCAAGUGGGCAGAAUGCAACAGCAGUUGCAAACUGUCCUCUCGCAACAAGCCACGGCAGCCGCCCAGCCACCACCUGUUUCCAACGAACUCAAAAUUCAGCUCCAGAAACUUGAGGAGUUUCGAGCACAACAAGAAUCCGAAAACAAGAAGUUCAGCGCUAUUCACGACAAAUUGCGUGGUUUGGAAGAGAUGCGCUCUGAACUACGUGCCAGCAGUAAGGCUGCGAGUCAUGAUGCCAUGCAAGCAAUCGAGGCACUGAAAUCAGAGAUCGAAAGUUUGCAGCGGGGUGUGGGGACCUUGGAGCAGAAGUUGCCCCCUGUCGAAUCCCAACUUGUGGACACACAAACUCUACGUGCAAUGGAGAGACAGCUCGAAGAGCAGUUCCAGCAGAUCAAAGACGCAUCCAGAUCGCACCAACAAGUGGUCGAUAAUGUUGAGCGCCUUCGCAAAUCCAUGCAUUUGAAGGUCGAGAAUAUGCAUGGCGAGUUGAGGGAUGAUCUCUCGACCAUCAAGACAGAUCUAGGCACGCUUAGCUUCCAAGUCUUAGGCCAAGGUGAAGACCAAUCCAAGCUUACGACACGUGUCGUGGCGCUUGAGGAACUUGUGAGUCCUGGACCUCAGGGGAGUGGAGGUCUGCAAACUGAGAUCGAUACUCUCAAACGGGCGGAUCAAGAUCAGUCAGAGAAAGUGGCUGCACUGGACACGUCCCUGGAAGAAUUUGCUGAGAGAUUUGACUCUCUUGAGACGCGACUUGCACAUUUCGACGCAACCCCACACACGAACAGCGCCGUUGAAGAGCUGACUUCCUUUCGCUCCCAACUCGCCGAACGUAUCAUGGAGUGGAAGAGUUCUGAAGAGAAGCUGAGUAAAGAGCUGAGCGGCCUACAGCAGCAAGUCAAAGAUGCCAUUGCACGCCCAAGUGCCUAUAAGGCAGAAGUGGAUAAAGACUUACAGACUCUCAAGAGCCAAAUCGCUGAUCAUGCCAGCAAGCGCACGAAAUGGGAAGAUACCCUCGAAAAAGAGGUCAAAACAUUAACAGCCAACUUUGUCGAGCAGGCAGCGGUGCAAGCACGUGAUGUUAAGAAGCUCGAGACGGAAUUUGCUGCUUACACAGAGAUCUGGAAGCGGUCUGAAACCGAGCAAAAUAGGACCGUUGUUGAAGCGGUGGACAAACUCCGGGAUGAGCAGGCAGCCAUGAGAAGAGUCCUCGCGCAACAGUCGACGCAAGGCCUGUCAGAGGAUGAACGUCAGCAGGUCCAACACGCGGCGAGCCUGGCCUCGAACGUCCAAGAACUUGGAACUCAGGUAACAAACGUGCAGAAGGAUCUGGAGAAGCAAUGUCAUUUGACAGUCAGCCUUACUCAACGGUUCAACAACCUUACCACGGAUGAGCUCGCUCGUCGCAUGACGGGGGUGGUGAGCAAAGCUCUGCCAAAGUAUGAAAAGCAGGUCCAGAAGCUUGAUGACCAGGUUCAGAAGCUCGACAGCGAGUUGCAGGCAUUAUGUCAGGAAGUGGGCGUGCGGGAAAAAGCGGAAGGCGCCACACUCGAGGUAGAAAAGAGACUUCAGGAGCUCAAAGUCGGGCUCGAAGACAUUGCUGCAAAAUUCCAGUCAAGCCAUGACGCCCUUGCCAAGAACUUCGCCGAGGCGCGCGACAAAAUCCAGAGUCAAAUCGAGGAGCUACAAGGAAACCACCGCGAGCUCGAGUUAUCGCUGGACCAGAAUGACGCCAGCCAGUCAACGUACCGGGAGUCUACCGCCAAAACUCUCAAGGCCUUCGAAACCAGACUCGAGAGCAUCGGUAGUCGCAAUGAGAAGCCCGCGGAGCCCGCUGCACGCGAGCUCUUCCCAAACAAUGGCCACAAGCAACAAUCGGGUGGUAAUCCUCUGCCGCGGUCAACCAGCGACAAAAUCAGUCUACCGAGAAAGAUGACAGUCGAUGACUCAGACGAUGAAGAAGAGGAUCUGGAUUCAUCGGACAUUCUUGCGAGGUUCACGAAGCCACCACCUCAACAACCUAGAUUGUCUUCGCAGCGUCAGUCAUCGCGGAAGUCAACUCAAUCCGGGGAAUUAUCGAAACGCAAGCGAUCACUGAGCCAGGAGGAGACGACCGAAGCUGAAUAUUCCAUCAAAGGCAGAGCUUCAAAGAAGUCGCAUCGGUAG